AUGGUUCUCGCCGCCGAGAGGGACGACGACCGCCGGCUGGAGGUCGCCGACGUCGAGAGCGGACUCGACGCGGCGUCGCUGCCGUCCUCCGCCGUCGACCGGCAGGACUCGCUGUUCCGGGAGGCGGUGAGGGGCGGUCACCAUGCCGGCGCAGCAGGCCACUCUGAGCAGGAUAGCUCGUGGAGGACGCUGCGGCUGGCGUUCCAGUGCGUGGGCAUCCUGUACGGCGACGUCGGGACGUCGCCGUUGUACGUCUACUCGACCACCUUCGACCACGGCGUCGGCCACCCUGACGACGUCCUGGGGGUGCUCUCCCUUAUCAUCUACAGCUUCAUGCUCUUCACCGUCGUCAAGAUCGUCUUUGUCGCCCUCCACGCCAACGACGACGGGGAUGGAGGAACAUUUGCACUCUACUCUUUGAUAUCGAGGUACGCCAAGGUCAGCCUGAUCCCUAACCAUCAGGCCGAGGACGAACUGGUCUCCAGUUACAGCAAACACGGAAAGCCGUCGGCCACGCUGAGGAGAGCUAAUUGGCUGAAGCAUUUGCUUGAGACAAGCAAGUCAGCAAAGAUCUCGCUCUUCCUCCUUACCAUCCUUGCCAUUGCCAUGGUCAUCAGCGACGCUGUUCUAACCCCUCCAAUUUCAGUACUUUCAGCUGUAAGUGGGUUGAAGGAAAAGGUGCCUGAUUUGACAACAGAUCAAAUAGUAUGGAUCACCGUAGCAAUCUUGGUAGUUCUGUUCGCCAUCCAGCGCUUUGGAACCGACAAAGUUGGCUACUCGUUCGCACCAAUCAUCCUGCUGUGGUUGCUUCUGAUUGGAGGAGUCGGGCUAUAUAACCUGAUCAAAUAUGAUGUCGGCGUCUUGAGGUCUUUCAACCCAAAAUACAUCAUUGACUAUUUCAGGAGAAACAGGAAGGAAGGAUGGGUCACGCUUGGUGACAUCCUCCUUGUUUUCACAGGAACAGAAGCUCUAUUUGCUAAUCUGGGAUACUUCAGCAUUAGAUCCAUUCAGUUGAGCUUUAGCUUUGGGUUACUGCCGUCUGUAUUGCUCACUUACAUCGGGCAAGCAGCAUACUUAAGGAAGCAUCCAGAGCAUUUUGCUGACAUUUUCUAUAGAUCAGUUCCAAGCACUCUGUUUUGGCCGACAUUUAUCUUGGCGAUCGCGGCAUCCAUCAUAGGAAGCCAAGCAAUGAUCUCAUGUGCCUUUGCAACAGUUUCACAUCUACAGACACUCAGCUGCUUCCCGAGGGUCAGGAUAUUGCACACGUCGAAGCGAUUUCACGGGCAACUGUAUGUUCCUGAAGUGAACUUACUGCUGUGCGUAGCAGCUUGUCUCGUGACUGUCAGUUUCAAGACAACGACCAUUAUCGGAAAAGCUCAUGAAAUCUGUGUCAUCCUUGUGAUGAUCAUCACGACACUACUGAUGACAAUCGUGAUGCUCUUGGUCUGGAGAAUCAGUAUCUGGUGGAUCGCGCUCUUCUUCUUCAUCUACAUUCCAAUAGAGUCCAUCUACCUGUCAUCAGUGUUGUACAAGUUUACUCAUGGACCAUACAUCCCGGUGGCUAUGUCGGCAGUCCUAAUGAUGGUGAUGAUUGUUUGGCAUUAUGUACACGCCAAACGGUACAAAUACGAGCUGAAGCACACCCUGUCCCCUAAAAGGGCUCAAGAGCUGCUCGAGCACCAUGAUCUGAAGAGGGUCUCUGGAGUUGGGCUAUUCUACACUGAGCUAGUGCAAGGCAUCCCACCUAUCUUCCCUCACCUCAUCGAGAAGAUCCCGACCAUUCACUCGGUCCUUGUCUUUGUCUCCAUCAAGCACUUGCAUGUUCCCCAUGUCGACGCCUCUGAGCGCUUCCUCUUCCGACAAGUAGAGCCCAAGGAGUACAAGGUGUUCCGAUGCGUGGCACGGUAUGGGUACCGGGACUCCCUUGAUGAGGAGGCCGAAGGCUUUGUCCAUGCCCUUGUUGAGUCUCUCCAGUACUACAUACGAGAUGUCAGUCUCUACUCUGCAGAUGAGAUGCAGAAUGUUAGCUAUCCGAUCUCUCGCGACCAGAGCUUAUCUCGGGAGAAGCCUUCAGGACGGCAUGCCGUCUAUGCUGAGGAGAUGAUCACACCAAUCCAAUCCUUCUCCGAGCUCACAACACUGUCAAAUGGUCUGAGCAACCGUCUACCACAGUUUCAGGCAUCGAAGAUGAACAUCGCCGAGUUAGCGAAGAUUGAGGAGGAACAGAAGUUCAUCCAAAGAGAAACAGAGAAAGGUGUGGUGUACAUCCUUGGGGAGACUGAGGUGGUGGCAAGGCCCCAGUCCUCGCUCCUUAAGAAGAUCGUCGUCAACUACAUAUACUCCUUCCUAAGGAAGAACUUCGUGCAGGGAGAGAAGAUGCUGUCGAUUCCCCAUGGAAAGCUACUGAAAGUUGGAAUCUCAUACGAAAUUUAGGUGAACGGCUUUCCGGUUCGAUGGUUUAUUUGUAUGCCAAUAGCCAAACUGUCAAAAGGUUGGGAAUGAAGCAGCCAUAUGCACAGCAUCUGGGAUCUGCAUACACUUGUGCAUGCAGGGAUGAUCUCUGUAAGAUAGUAGUACGAUCAUGUAACGUGUAGAAGAGUCAACAGGAUGCCAUGAUGCUGCACAUGGACCAAUUUGGUUCAUGUGUGACUAGCAUUCGUGGGCUCUAAAAAACUGUGUAUUUUUUGUGCAUCAUAUAUGUACUUUAUGUGUAUAGAAAGUCCAUGAAUUUGUGUUUGGCCUGUCUUUUCCAA